CUAGGUCAGCUCUCACGUAAUCAAUUCACCUGGCAAUUCGCGUAAGAAGCAACCGUCUGUUUUUCCUAGAAAAGAAAGGACCUCUACGGGUGGAUCGUUAUUUAAAACGCGAUUUCGGCUGACAAAAGCGGGCACCUCAGCAGGUUUUGGAGGUUACCAGGAAAAGCAAAGACUGAGCAACACAAGAGACAAAAUGGACCACGAUCCAUUUGACGACAGUUCAUUUCACGAGUCUGUUAUUGGCGACACAAGCGAGACGUCGGACGCCUACCCAGCAGCCCGAAGUUCGACAGCAUCGUUAAUUCCUAAUUCUCCAGGGUUUGAGCAUGACGAACUUACAAGACGUUUUAGCGACAUCGCAAAUAAACUUGGGUCUGAAUGGCAGCGUUUAGCACUGAAUCUUGGAUUGGUAAAGAAGGACAUCGACCAAUUCAUGAACGAGCAUCCUAGACACCUGAUGCUACAAGCUUAUACCAUGCUCUCCUUUUGGUACGAAAAGGAAGGAAAGUCUGCAUCUAAAGACGCACUUGUUCGCGGUUUACAGGAGUCUGAAUUAAAUUCCAUUGCUGAAUUGUUAGAGGUCUGACAUAUUAUCAACUCACACCACGUGUCAUCAUUGUUUCCACUGGAUGAAUGAAUGAAUGUUUAACGACACCCUCAGCACGAAAAAUACAUCUGCUUUUGGGUGUCAAACCAUGGUACUGAUACUACCAACUUAGAUGGAGUCAACUCGCCGAUGUGUGUUUUUGCAAGUUGUGAUCUUGUUAUAACUUGUACAGCUGUCAGUCCUGAUUUUGAUACAAUUUGUACAAUACUAUUUUGAGUAACUGAUAUAUUGCUUUCAGUUUAAUUAUUGAGCACUAUAAGCUAAAAUCUACAACAGCCUAUAUGUAUUAUUUAAUCAAAACCCCAACGGAACAAAACCCAUAACCCCAACUUCCACUGGCGUAGGAUUUUAGAUUGGGGCAACCCACUAUUGGGGAAAGCAACCCACACUAUGUAUAUCUGUAUGUAUGUCUGUAUGUUUGUCUGUAUGUAUGCAUGAUUUUAUAAAAUUUAAUACAGUAGAAAAAAGGUUUGAUUGGGGGCCAUGGUCCCCUCGCUACGCCACUACCAACUUCUUAUAUCAAAUGUGGACAAAACUCCAAGCAAUUUUAUAUUGAAUUUAUAACAAAUUAGUAAAACUAUUUAUCACUGCACAGGUUCUUGCACAUGUUAUAUUUACACUUUACAUAUAUUUAAACCUGAUAGAGAUGUCAAUACCAUCUAGGGGCGAGACGUAGCCCAGUGGUAAAGCGCUCGCUUGAUGCGCGGUCGGUUUGGGAUCGAUCCUCGUCAGUUAGCUCAUUAGGCCAUUUUUCGCUCAAGCCAGUGCACCACGACUGGUACACCAAAGACCGUGGUGUGUGCUAUCCCGUCUAUGGGAUGGUACUUAUAAAAGAUCCCUUGCUGCUAAUCGAAAAGAGUAGCCCACGAAGUAGCGACA